UCCAGGGAGAACAUUCAGCACCUUGGAUAUUUUUGGCAAAAGGCCUUAAAAGCUGCGUAUACCUGCACAUUAUCUGUUUCAAGCUUAUUUAAAUCACACACUCAGAAGUUCAGGCGAGUCAGAGAAUCUUCUCAGUGCAAACAUGAAUAACACAAAACAGCGCAGCAGGCAGUUCGCUGGGAGAAGAUACUACUGAGAAUACCUUCACUCUGGGGAGUUGUAGAAAAUAAUCCUAUCCAUUAGAAAGAUGAGAAAGAUGAGACUGGUUCUGUAUUACCUGAUAGUGUUGGGGUCCAGUGUUGUGAUUUCAACUUAUGGGCCCCAUCAGUUAGCACAGAUGACUGGUGAUAUUUUGCUUGGAGGUCUUUUCCCCAUACACUUUGGUGUUGCAUCCAAAGACCAAGACCUCGCAGCUCGGCCCGAAUCCACACAGUGUGUCAGGUUCAAUUUCCGAGGUUUCCGUUGGCUACAGGCCAUGAUUUUUGCGAUUGAUGAGAUAAACAACAGCAGUACUCUCCUGCCCAAUAUCACCCUUGGCUACAGGAUCUUUGACACAUGCAACACCGUGUCAAAAGCCCUGGAAGCUACGCUUAGUUUUGUCGCCCAAAAUAAGAUUGACUCCCUGAAUUUAGAUGAAUUUUGUAAUUGCACUGAUCACAUCCCAGCAACCAUAGCAGUCGUAGGAGCAGCUGGAUCCGCAGUCUCCACAGCAGUCGCAAACCUACUGGGUCUUUUUUAUAUUCCUCAGAUCAGCUAUGCCUCUUCUAGUCGCCUACUGAGCAACAAGAAACAGUACAAGUCCUUCAUGAGAACCAUUCCAACCGAUGAAUACCAGGCCACAGCCAUGGCAGACAUCAUUGAGUACUUUGAGUGGAACUGGGUCAUUGCUGUUGCCUCAGAUGACGACUAUGGGCGCCCAGGAAUCGAAAAGUUUGAGAAGGAGAUGGAGGAGCGAGACAUCUGCAUUCACCUUAAUGAGCUUAUUUCUCAGUACUUUGAGGAUCAUGAAAUCCAAGCGCUGGCUGACAGAAUUGAGAACUCAACAGCUAAAGUCAUUGUUGUAUUUGCCAGCGGCCCAGAUAUCGAGCCUUUAAUCAAAGAGAUGGUGAGGAGAAACAUCACAGAUCGUAUCUGGUUAGCCAGUGAAGCGUGGGCUAGCUCCUCUCUUAUUGCUAAACCAGAAUAUCUUGAUGUUGUGGCGGGUACAAUUGGCGUCGCUUUGAAGGCAGGGCAUAUAGCUGGCUUUAGAGAGUUCCUACAAAAGGUCCAACCAAAGAGAGACAGUCAUAAUGAAUUUGUCAGGGAGUUUUGGGAAGAAACCUUUAACUGUUAUCUGGAAGACAGCCCGAGACAGCGAGAAAGUGAGAAUGGCAGCACUAGUUUCAGGCCUUUGUGUACUGGUGAGGAAGACAUCACGAGUGUUGAGACCCCGUACCUGGACUACACACACCUUCGAAUCUCCUAUAAUGCGUAUGUUGCAGUUUAUUCCAUUGCACAGGCCCUGCAGGACAUACUCACCUGCACACCUGGACAUGGACUCUUUGCCAACAAUUCCUGUGCAGAUAUAAAGAAAAUGGAAGCAUGGCAGGUCUUGAAGCAGCUCAGACAUUUGAACUACACCAACAGUAUGGGGGAAAAGAUGCACUUUGAUGAGAAUGCAGACAUGGCAGCAAACUACACCAUUAUAAACUGGCACAGGUCUGCUGAGCAUGGCUCUGUGGUGUUUGAGGAGGUCGGAUACUACAACAUGCACAUCAAGAGAGGAGCCAAACUGUUUAUUGACAAGACAAAGAUUUUGUGGAAUGGAUACAGUUCUGAGGUGCCAUUCUCUAAUUGCAGUGAAGACUGUGAACCUGGUACAAGAAAGGGGAUCAUAGACAGUAUGCCCACAUGUUGCUUUGAAUGCACUGAGUGCUCAGAUGGAGAGUACAGUAACCAUAAAGAUGCCAGUGUUUGCACCAAGUGUCCAAAUAACUCUUGGUCCAAUGGGAACCACACAUUCUGCUUCCUGAAGGAAAUUGAGUUUCUCUCCUGGACAGAACCAUUUGGGAUAGCUUUGGCCAUAUGCGCAGUGCUGGGUGUUGUCUUGACAGCUUUUGUGAUGGGAGUCUUUGUCCGAUUUUGCAACACCCCAAUAGUAAAGGCCACAAACCGAGAACUGUCCUACGUCCUCCUGUUCUCACUCAUCUGUUGCUUCUCCAGCUCACUCGUCUUCAUCGGAGAGCCACAGGAUUGGACAUGUCGUUUACGCCAACCUGCCUUUGGGAUCAGUUUUGUUCUCUGUAUCUCCUGCAUCCUUGUGAAAACCAACAGAGUGCUUUUGGUAUUUGAAGCCAAGAUCCCCACAAGUCUCCAUCGUAAAUGGUGGGGAUUAAACCUGCAGUUUUUGUUGGUGUUUCUGUGCACAUUUGUCCAGGUCAUGAUAUGUGUGGUCUGGCUUUACAACGCCCCUCCUUCCAGCUACAGGAAUCAUGACAUUGAUGAGAUAAUUUUUAUCACCUGCAAUGAGGGCUCUGUGAUGGCUCUUGGGUUUCUUAUUGGCUACACAUGCCUCCUGGCAGCUAUAUGUUUCUUCUUUGCAUUCAAAUCACGGAAACUUCCAGAAAACUUCACAGAGGCCAAAUUUAUCACUUUCAGCAUGCUCAUAUUCUUUAUUGUUUGGAUCUCUUUUAUCCCUGCGUAUUUUAGUACAUACGGAAAGUUUGUUUCAGCUGUGGAGGUCAUUGCUAUACUGGCAUCUAGCUUUGGGUUGCUGGCCUGUAUCUUCUUCAACAAGGUCUACAUCAUCCUCUUCAAACCCUCCAGGAACACCAUUGAGGAAGUCCGAUGCAGCACCGCAGCCCACGCUUUCAAAGUGGCUGCCAAAGCUACACUGAAACACAAUUCAGCUGCGAGAAAAAGGUCUGGCAGCAUUGGUGAAUCUUCUGCCUCAACUCCGUCCUCAUCCAUUAGCCUCAAGACCAAUGGCAAUGACUGCAACUCGACUUCAGGAAGGAAUAAGCCAAGAGUGAGCUUUGGCAGUGGAACAGUUACUCUGUCCUUGAGUUUCGAGGAGCCAAGGAGGAGUUCACUAAUGUAAUAGCAUAUCGUGGAUGUGUCAAACGUCACCUUCAUCAAUCUCAUUAUUAAGCUGUACUUUUGGACUUUAUUUUGAAAUAGAACUUUUCAUCUUCUCAUUUUCUUAACAUUUUGUCAGAAAGAUGACCAGUCUAACUAAUAUACUGUACCAUACCUGAAUCUUAAUAUUUUCAGCAUAAACCUGAUGUACACUAAGCCUAUUAAUAAUA